AUGUUAAAUUUAAAACCAUUCUCGGUCAAAAGUCUACAAACCAUUAUCCACCUCAAGUCUUCCACCCCCUACGUUUCCGCAUUGAAGCGAAUUCAGAAACACAUCAUCCAACUCCCAAAGAAACAGCCAUCUGUCAAGUAUGUUACCGUGAAAGGGAUGGGUGUGAAACCCGUCGAGAAGUUGAUGCAGCUCGCCGUAUUCUUCCAGGUUGAGGAAGGGUUCAAGGUGGAUAUGUUUACUUCUUCCGUGGAGGUUUUAGACGAGUAUGUGGAGGAGGACGAAGAGAGUGGGAGCAGUGUGUUUAAGAAGCGCUUGGUUAGUUCCGUAGUGAUGAGGAUAUGGAGGAAGGAUGUGAAAUAGGAUAGCCAUAUAUGAGACUUGAGCCUUCGGCAGCUUCAAUUGAUCAGAAUUCAGGAACACCAAGAGA